AUGAUUGCAGCUGAGAUCGAAGCAAUAAUUAACCCAGCAAUCAUGAUGGGUAACGAGAUGGGUUCCGCUGAGAUUCCAAAUGAAUCGGUCGCGAGAGAAAGGAAAAAUCCUAACCUGAUUGAUUCUUUAACGGGAGCAGAUGAAACCUCGCCGUCUGGUCUGCGAUUCGUCGGCGGAGAGGCGGAUGGAAAACGAGAGAGGAAAGAGGGACAAGAUUCCCAGGGGGUUAAAGGUCGCGCCACGAAUAGCGUUCCAGCAAAAGGCGCGCAGGCUAGAGCCGGAUUUGCCUCUGCCGUCGGGGAUUCCAGAAUAAUCUAG